CCACCACCAUCUCCUCACCUCCUCCUCCGCUACCACCACACCUCCCCCUGUGACUCGCCAUGCCAGUGGGGGUGCAGCCUCUCCUGCUGGCCCUGAUGGGGGCCAGGUUGCUGCUGCCCUCCUGCGGAGACACCCCGCGCCGCGAGAUCAAGAUCGACGGCGACCUGGUCCUCGGCGGCCUCUUCCCCAUCCACGAGAAGGGCCUGGGCAUGGACGAGUGCGGCCGCAUCAACGAGGACCGCGGCAUCCAGCGCCUGGAGGCCAUGCUGUUCGCCAUCGACCGCAUCAACGAAGACAUGUCGCUGCUGCCCGGCGUGCAGCUGGGCGUGCACAUCCUGGACACGUGCUCGCGCGACACCUACGCCCUGGAGCAGGCGCUGGAGUUUGUGCGCGCCUCGCUCACCAAGGUGGACGACACCGAGUUCAUCUGCCCCGACGGCUCGUACGCGCUGCAGGAGGACAGCCCGCUUGCCAUCGCCGGUGUCAUCGGCGGCUCCUACAGUAGCGUGUCCAUACAGGUUGCCAACUUGUUGCGGCUUUUCCAGAUCCCCCAGAUCAGCUACGCCUCCACCAGUGCGAAGCUGAGCGACAAGAGCCGCUACGACUACUUCGCCCGCACGGUCCCGCCCGACUUCUACCAGGCCAAGGCCAUGGCCGAGAUCCUGCGGGUCUUCAACUGGACCUACGUGUCCACGGUGGCGUCGGAGGGCGACUACGGCGAGACGGGCAUCGAGGCCUUCGAGCAGGAGGCGCGCCUGCGCAACAUCUGCAUCGCCACCUCGGAGAAGGUGGGCCGGUCCAGCUCCAAGCGCUCGUCCUACGAGGCGGUGGUGAGGCAGCUGCAGCAGAAGGCCAACGCGCGCGUGGCCGUGCUCUUCCUGCGCAGCGACGACGCCCGCGAGCUGCUGGCCGCCGCCGCCCGCCUCAACGCCUCCUUCCUGUGGGUGGCCAGCGACGGCUGGGGCGCCCAGGAGAGCAUCGUCAAGGGCCACGAGGCCUCGGCCGACGGCGCCAUCACGCUGGAGCUGGCCGCCCACGCCGUCCCGGAGUUCAACCGACACUUCACGCGUCUGCGGCCCGAGAACAACGCGCGCAACCCCUGGUACUGGGACUUCUGGGAGCAGAAGUUUCAGUGCUCACUGGGGGGCAGCAGUGGCAGUGGCAGUGGCAGCAGCCUGGGUGUGCCUCAGAAGCCGUGUGAUCACAGCCUGGCCGUGGACGAGUCCAACUUCGAGCCGGAGUCCAAGAUCAUGUUCGUGGUGAACGCGGUGUACGCCAUGGCGCACGCGCUGCACCGCAUGCAGAGGGCGCUCUGCUCCAACACCACGCUGCUCUGCGACGCCAUGCGCAGCCUGGACGGCAGGAAGCUCUACAGGGACUUCCUGCUCAACGUCAGCUUCAGAGCUCCUUUCUCCCCUCCCGGCACGGAGAGCGUGGUGAAGUUCGACGCCUACGGCGACGGCAUGGGCCGCUACAACAUCUACAACUACCAGCACUCGCCGGACAGCGACCGCUACAGCUACGUGCAGGUGGGCGAGUGGGCCGAGACCCUGUCCCUCAACGAGCCCCUGAUCGGCUGGCCCCGGAGCGGCGCAGUGCCCACCUCGCAGUGCAGCGACCCGUGCGCCCGCAACGAGAUGAAGAAGAUGCAGGCGGGCGAGUACUGCUGCUGGAUCUGCACGCCCUGCGAGUCCUACGAGUACCUGUCCGACGAGUUCACCUGCGCGCCCUGCCCGCCCGGCCAGUGGCCCACCGAGGACCUGAGCGGCUGCUUCGACCUGCCCGAGGACUACAUCAUGUGGGAGGACGCCUGGGCCAUCGGCCCCAUCAGCAUCGCCUGCCUGGGCUUCGUGUGCACGCUGGGGGUGUUUGCCGUGUUCGUGCGGAAUAACGACACGCCGCUGGUCAAGGCGUCGGGCCGCGAGCUCUGCUACAUCCUCCUCCUGGGCGUCUUCAUGUCCUACGCGCUGACGUUCGUGUUCAUCGCCAAGCCGUCGCCGGCCGUGUGCACGCUGCGUCGCCUGGGCCUGGGCACGUCGUUCGCCGUCUGCUACUCGGCGCUGCUCACCAAGACCAACCGCAUCUCGCGCAUCUUCAACGGCGUGAAGGACAGCGCCCAGCGGCCGCGCUUCAUCAGCCCCAGCUCGCAGGUCUUCAUCUGCCUGUCGCUCAUCUCCGUGCAGCUGCUGCUGGUGUCCGUGUGGAUGCUGCUGGAGGUGCCGGGGACGCGGCGCUUCACGCUGCCCGAGCGGCGGCAGACGGUCAUCCUCAAGUGCAACGUGCGCGACUCCAGCAUGCUGCUGUCGCUCACCUACGACGUGCUGCUGGUCGUGCUGUGCACCGUCUACGCCUUCAAGACGCGCAAGUGCCCCGAAAACUUCAACGAGGCCAAGUUCAUCGGCUUCACCAUGUACACCACCUGCAUCAUCUGGCUGGCAUUCCUGCCCAUCUUCUACGUCACCUCCAGCGACUACAGGGUCCAAACCACAACCAUGUGCAUCUCUGUCAGUCUGAGCGGCUUUGUGGUUCUGGGCUGCAUGUUUGCCCCGAAGGUCCACAUCAUCAUGUUCCAGCCCCAGAAGAACGUGACCAGCCAUCGGCUCAACCUCAACCGCUUCAGCGUCAGCGGCCCGGCCACCACAUACGCAUCUCACGCCUCAGUAAGUGCUCACUACGUCCCGACCGUCUGUAACGGCAGAGAGAUUGUCGACUCCACCACUUCCUCCCUGUGACUCCACUCUUCCCUGACUGACUGCUUUGCAGCGACUGUUAGCCAAUCAGCACACUUUGUGCUCCAUCCAUGAACUAGCUCCCGCCCACAGUAUGUAGAAAAAAGGUGUAAUAUUAUUGUUAUUAUAAUGAUGAUGAUUGAUGUUGUUAAAUUAUUUUUUAGGGGCCUGUACAUAUUAACUGACAUUGUUGUAGAGAAACGAAAGAACAAAAAAAAACUUUCUAGGAUGAUUUUGGAAACUUUCUUUUUUGAUAGCUUUGUUUUGUAUGUAUUGUAACGUUGUACAUAACCAUGAACUCCCAUUGUGGUUUGGAGUGUUUUUGAUUGGACGUAGUCACCAGACUGAUCAGCUACGCCUGCAAUAUUGGACAAACUUACAGUACUUUUGUUUUGUCUUUUCUUUUCUCUGUUUUGUAGAGCUCAUUGUAAUAACAAACAUGUAUGUAUUUGUAUGUUGUAUAUAAUUUGUAUAUAUAUAUACUAUCAAUGAUGGUUGGAACAGCACAAGCUGACAGCGUUAAACAAACUGAGAAGAGGCCUACCAAGCAAAGACAGGGUGCUGCUGAUUUUCUCCCUUGCCCGUAGAAGACUGGCUGCGUUUGAGGAUAGCUUGUGUGUUUUUAAAAGAGAGGCAGGACUCCCUUUGACUUCUGAGGUAGGAAUGUAGAGAGUAGUGUGUGUCCAUGCCUCCAGAAUCUGCGGUAUCAUCGCCACACCACGUGGGAAAAGUUCAGACAGUGGUGUGUUAUGAUUUUUUUUUUUUUUUUUUUUUUUUAGUAAAAGCGUUAAUAUUGUGUUAAAAGACACUUCUCUGUGCCUUACCGUAUGUCUUGUAGUUUUUUCUACGCUGUGCUUCUACUGUACGUGUGCAUGUAGAAAUGAGGGCGGCUGGGCCUGCUUUCUACGGAGGGAAAGAAUUUUGCAUUCACCCAAAUCUCCAUUUUCUCUGGCCUCGAGUGGAAAACUGUCACAUACUGCCAAUUGAGUUCAAAUACCACUUAGAAUCCUAUCCUUGGAACAGCUAUUCAUUCACCAAACCAUCCAUUUGUUGAUGCAUUCAUCAAUGUGACAACAUUAAGAUAUGUACAAUACCUUUGUAGCUAGAUGAUAUUGUGAGCAAACAGCUAACACAGUCCUAGCACAAUGUGUCUAACACUAAUAAGAACUGCAACGACUGCUGCUGUUUGAUAACUUUGUGUGGUAAAAAUGAAGUCAUUAUAAGCACAGCUUUGAGACUACUGGAGAUAUUACAAAAAGAAUAAACACUUUUUUGCCUGGUGCCUGGUCUUCCUGUUAGCCCAUGAUUCCAGACCUACUGUCCCUUUUCGAUGUGAAAUGUAACUAUGGAGACAAACUGAUUGCUCCUACACGGAUCAGAGAGGAAUGCGUACUUGAGUAGGUCUCAUAGCGGUUUCAAAAAGGAAUAUACCAAGCACAAUAAGAAAACAAGAACAGGCAAGAGAGUCUGUGGUAUGGAGAGAGAGAGAGAGAGAGAGAGAGAGAGAGAGAGAGAGAGAGACAAAGAGAGAUAAGGAGUAAACUCUUCCUUCAACCCCGUGGCAGCCCAGAAGAAUGGGCUGUGAGUGUUUUGCAGACAGACAACAGCGGAUUAUGUAAAGCAGCAUCCUGCCUGGGGCUGUCAGGCGGCCCUCUGAGGAGAGUGCAGUCUCACAGUCAGGGCCGCCGCUCUUUGUAGUGCAGGCAGGCAGGCAGGCGGUUCGUUUUGUCCAGCCCCCCGAAACCUCCUCCUUCACUUAGGCUUGCGGCUCAUGGAGAAGGCUUCCACCUUGCCCACAUCUGCUGCCUGUGAUUCUUCAGUUUUUUUGUCCAAGUAGUGUUGGGAGAGGAGGACUAGAUCUAAUACCCAGAUCUAGGAGAGCCCACAGAAAUAAUAAUGGUAGUAAUAAUGAUAGCCACUAUUGAGUCCGUAACGAAGGCUUGUGAGUCUGUCCAGAAUAAAGAAGUUGAAGGAAGCAGCCAGAACUGAAUUUUCCCGCCACAGGCACACCCCUACCCACCUCCAACACAAAAUGAAAGGAAGAAACACAAACACACACACAUACACACACACACACACACAUUUGAAACACACACGCACAUAACACAUGGGAAUGCACAAAGUGAACAAGUUAAGUCAAAAGGAUAUAAAUGACUUGACCUUAAAAAUGAAUGUGUUUGUAUGUGAUGACCUGGAGUCACCGUUUCUAGAGUAACAUGUUUUGACAAUAAAGUUUCCUUAUUUUACGUUUGUGAAGUUGUGUUUUCCAUGCGGACUGAUGAUGUGCAAUGAACCUGGAUCACGUGCUGUCUCCAGUCUGAUGUUGGACCUGCGACCGAGCACAUAGCACAUAGCAAUAGGACAGUGCAAUAACAAGGGUGCCAUGACAUCAUAAUAAACAGUAACAAAUUGCUGCUCUA